AAGAAACAAAGGUAAAGAGCAGUGAUGAGAGGGAUGGGAUGAGAUUGGGGAGGACGACGAUGAACGAAGCAACUUCCUCGUGCCACCCACGUGAACCCGAAAUGGACGUGUCUCAAUCUCACUCGUUGGUGCCCACCAUUGUUAACCCAAUUCCCCCAACUUUUGUUCCCCAUUUUCUCCUUUUCUUCUGGGUCUCAUUUCAUUUGAAAGCGCACCCAAACAGGAUUAUCCUCUGGAUUUCAUUUCUGGGUUUAGGGGCUUGGAUUUGUGUCUCUGCUUCUGAUUGGUUUUCUCGUCUUCUGGGCUUCAGAAUGGAGGAGAAGGAGCAGAACCCAGCUGAGAUCAACAGCUUCUAUGUAAUUUCUAAGCUUAGGUCAAACCCUUUUGACUUGAACAAGAAAAGAAAGCUACCAGCUGAACAUUUGGGCUUGCCUUCACCAAAACACAAACACUGCAGUGAAGAAUUCGCUUCUAAAUCUGCUUUUCUGUAUGGUGGGUUACCCGAAACCGAGCACAUGAACGUACAAUUCAUAAAGGAGAAUGCCAAUGUACUGUGUUUUGACGAGGUGUCGAGGCCAGAAUCGGUAAAAGAUAGCAAUAGCUUGAGUGAAGAGUCUGAUUCUGCAACAUCCGUAUUUCAUGGCGCAAAAUUUGAACUGAACCAGGCUAUAACUUGCACACACGACACUUCUACCACACGAUCUAUGAGUUUUGGUGGGGCAAGUUCUGAAAGCAUCCACUUCUCUGUUGAAAGUUCCACAGCAAUGGAAUCGAGCUCUACCGAACAGGAAACAGCUUUUCCAAGCGGCGAAAAUAGAAUGGAAACAAUUCAAAAACUUCAGGAGCAGCUACUUGAAUUAGAUAGCCAUGAAGAUUAUAAUUGUGCAGAAUAUGAAAAUGAUGACACUAAGCAAUGCACAGAUCAGGAACUUGAGGAACUUUUCUACUCAAACGGGUUGAAUCCAAAUACAUACAUUCUUUCGUCCGGACGAUGGGCCAUAAACCACGAGGCUCAAUCAAGAGCUAGAGCUCCGACGAUUGAUCAAGAAUUUGAGCAGUACUUUUCUAUGCUGAUGCUGUAACCUAUUUAAUGUAUAUAUUUUUAUUAAUAAAUGUGUAUAUCAGGCUCAUCCUUUCUGCUUAGUAUUCGUAAGGAAUUGUACUGAACUAACAUUCGGAAAAUUGAGUCGAUGGCAAUGAGAUGUUUGAACUCUAAAGUAAGUUUAAUUGUUUA